GGCGGAGCAGAUAUCACCCAGGCGAUCGUGACUCAAGGUCUGUUCGCUCGUUUUCGGACAGUUCUCAUAUGGCUGAAUAAUCCCUCUAAUCAAUACUUCUGAUCGGCUGCAUAAUGAGCGAAAAGGCUCGCCUAAAAUGUACUGUCUAUGUGGGGGGUCUCGACCAGGCCGUUACGGUGCAGACACUGGCCGAGGCAUUCGUCCCUUUUGGCGAAGUCGUUGAUAUUACGCUACCUAAGCCUGAUGUGCCCAACUCAGGCGAUCUUCACCGCGGCUUCGGAUAUGUGGAGUUCGACUUGCCUGAGGACGCUGCAGAAGCGAUUGACAAUAUGGAUGGAAGCGAGCUUUAUGGCCGUACAAUAAAGGUCGCCGCCGCGAAGCCGCAGAAGGAAAGCAACGAGGGGCUGGGAAGCAAGACAGCUAUUUGGGAGCAGGAAGGAUAUUUGGCCAAAUACGCGGUCAGUGAGGAGGAUAAGAUGGCAGCAGCGGAGGCCAGAGCAGUUAGCGAAGGGGCUCCUGAUCCCAUGCAGGGAUUAGAGGAGCUAGAUGUCGCUGGCCCAAAGCCAGAAUGAGUUUUUUUUACAUGAUACCCCGCGAAAUUUGAAUGCACAGGAAGCCCGACAACAGUAAAGUUGCGAUAUUACUCCAACAGAGCCCCCCUUGGGUCAAAGCCGUACUAUAUACACGCGCUUUCGACGCUCAAACAAUCGACUUCAAUUUUUCUCUGCUGCGACAAAUCACGUCUGUGAAUAAUACAGGUCCUCAACAAACGAAACGGACAGACAGAACGAAAUGUCCAUUGCAAAUCAAUCAAAUGUGCUGGUACAUGCUUAGUGUUCGCGGUCCUCGGGCUUAUUGCGGUAGAGACGCAGAGUCUUGUCGGUCAUGAGCUUGCGGGUGCUAGAGUAGAUAGCAGCUCCGACGGCAACACUGUAACAAUUGCGUCAGCGGGGGAUGAUGGAGCUGGCAGGUGGGAAAUUCAUGUCUCUUGUAGAUAGAAACAGCGCGGUGUCAACCUACCCAAGGACAAUACC